CUACCCACAACGACAACUCCUGAAACCUUGAACAGGACUCGUAAACCCCGCUUCCCUUCAAGUAGUGUCUCCAUUGAACCUUCCUCUCUUGCUCGUUCUGAAUUCUAUCCUCUUUUACAGUUCGUCUAUAUAUAAGCUAAAUCAGCUUUGAUUGUUCGGAAGUUGGGGUUUAAAGGUCUCAUUAUUGAGUGCAAUUGGGGUUCAUCUCAAACUGCGGCAAUUUUGUUGAUUCUUGAGUUAUUCACAGAUCAGGAGACAUUGUUGAUCUGCUCGGGUUUAUUCAUUGUGUGAAAAACAGAUUUGAUCUUUGUGAAUGGAUACAAAGGCUCCAGUGAGGUUCACGCUAGGGAAGCAGUCUUCAAUGGCGCCAGAACGGCACCGUGAGGAAUCAGGAGUGGAUGGAGAUCAGGAGCAGGAGGAGGUUGAUGGAUUGCGUUUGAUGUAUCUGGCAAAUGAAGGCGACGUGGAGGGGAUCAGGGAGCUACUGGAUUCAGGAAUCAACGCUAAUUUUCGGGAUAUGGAUGGCCGAACAGCGCUUCACGUUGCUGCCUGCCAGGGUUUGACGGAUGUCGUUGCCUUGUUGAUCGAUAGAGGUGCGCUCGUCGACCCCAAAGAUCGAUGGGGCAGCACGCCUCUGUCCGAUGCUAUACACUAUGAGAAGAACGAUGUGAUCAAACUCCUGGAAAAACAUGGUGCAAAACUUCUGAUGGCAUCAAUGCACGUUAAACAUCCACGUCAAGUCCCAGAAUAUGAAAUUGAUCCUAAGGAGCUUGAUUUUACCCACAGCGUGGAAUUAACAAAGGGGACCUUCCAAAUAGCAUCAUGGCGUGGAACUCAAGUUGCUGUUAAAAAGCUUCAGGAGGAUGUGUUUUCUAAUGACGAUAAAGUGAGAGCAUUUAGGGAUGAGCUUGCAUUGCUACAGAAGAUACGGCAUCCAAAUGUGGUCCAAUUUUUGAGUGCUGUUACUCAAAGUAGUCCAUUGAUGAUUGUCACAGAAUAUUUACCCAAGGGAGAUUUUAGUGCAUAUUUGAAUCGGAAGGGAGCAUUAAAACCAAUAAUAGCUGUCAGAUUUGCACUUGAUAUCGCAAGGGGAAUGAACUAUCUGCAUGAGAAUAAGCCGGCUAUAAUUCACCGUGAUCUUGAGCCUUCAAAUAUAUUGCGGGAUGAUUCUGGGCAUCUCAAAGUUGCAGACUUUGGGGUUAGCAAGCUGCUCACUGUUAAAGAAGAUAAGCCUCUAACUUGCCAUGAAACCUCGUGCCGAUAUGUGGCACCAGAAGUUUUCAAGAAUGAAGAAUAUGAUACCAAAGUGGAUGUGUUUUCAUUUUCUCUAAUUCUACAGGAGAUGAUUGAAGGCUGUCCGCCCUUUUCUGCAACACAAGAAAUUGAAGUUCCUAAAGUAUAUGCAGCAAGAAAGCGUCCACCUUUUAGAGCUCCAGCAAAGUAUUAUGCUCAUGGACUUAAAGAUUUGAUUGAAGAGUGCUGGAAUGAGAACCCAUCAAAGCGACCAACAUUCAGGCAAAUAAUAACAAGAUUGGAGUCCAUUCACAAAAGUAUUAGUAACCGGAGGCAUUGGAAGGUGAGACCACUAAAGUGUUUCCAGAAUCUGGAGGCUAUGUUGAAGAAAGAUCACUCAAAUCGCAGCAGCGGAAGUGGCUCUUCCCAUUCUGCGCGUAGCAUAUGAAUAAUGGAGGAUUUGUGCUUUGCUUAUUAAUGUACAUACAUUGCGAUUUGCCAGCUUGGUAACCAAAUGGCGACUUUGUAGAAUUGUAGAAUUCUACUUCUAGCUUGAGUUUGUUCUCUUCCCUUUGAAUUGCGGGCUGAGAAUUACAUUUAUAUGUCAUGUAAUGACGUUUAUGUACGUUUUUAUGCCUGGUUACCAACUCAUAUCUAACUAAUUGUACGUUGUAUACUUGGCCUUAUUCACAUUAUAUGCCGUCCUCUGGAAUGCAGUCUAUUGCCUGCAAAAGGAGAAA